GAUAGCUAUCUGUCUGUGGGGGAGGUCACAAGUCUGGUGUCUGUCAUAGUAGUCAUUGCUCCGACAGUUGCAUCCCCUCCUCAAUAUGAUACUAACCCGCCUCAUACCGCAAACCUCCCACGCGUAAAUUGAACAUUGCACGUGAAACUGCAGUCGUGUCGUGCUCCAUUUCAACCAUAACUAACGUGUCUACACCGACAGCGAAUACAGAAUAUCUUAUUUUCUCUACUCUCCUGUACAAACUGGCAAAACACCGCCGAUCAUGUGAUCACGAAAAAAAAACUCUUGAGAAAGAAAAAGUAGAUCUAUCCCUGCCGCCUUCUGUGUCUUACUGAUUACUAGACAAAGAGAUACAGCUCAUAUAAGUUUGACGCCGUUUGUCUCUCCCUUCACACCGCGAUUUGGCGAAUACAUUAUCGAUUCGAUACCAAUGAGCGACAGAAUAUAAUUGAGAUGUAAAGGACGUUUCUUAGUUGACCAUUAUCGGCUUGUCUACAUCGUUUGGUGAACCGCUUUACCUGUAAUACCGGGAAUGCGAGAUUCAGUGUUGUUUCUUUGUUUCUGUGUAGUGUGUACAAUCGUAGUCCAGGGAGCACCACGGUGUCCCCCAUGCACCGGACACACCAUAUGCCCCAAACUUCGGGAAGGAUGUGAGAGGGUGGCCCUGCCGUGCAGCUGUUGUGAUGAAUGUGCUAGGGGAAUUGGAGAAAAUUGUUCUGCCUACAGUCCCAGAUGUGCAACGGGACUGAUGUGUAUGAACAUGCGAGGAGAGGCUCUAGAGCGGGUCCCCAGGAUCAUGAAAACGUACCACGGAAUCUGCCAAAAUGUAGUUGUUCAGCCCGUUGUCGUGGAGAACACAGAUAUUGAGGAGAGGCAGAUAGGGUCAAAACAUUACAGGAACGGAGUAUGAGGAAAUUGUCUGUGAAACACAACAUCGCCUGUCACACCACCUGUACAUUGGCUGCUAGUUACACAACAUAAGCUACCAUAUCAUCGCCUUGCACGUAUAAUCUGCUCAGUGACUUCAAAGUCGGACACUGUCUUCAAAUACUUAUUGUUCAUUUUAGAAUUCAUCUAUCCACCACCGCAAUCAUCUUCUUUUGUUUAACACAUAGCAACUAAAGAAUUCUUAACCGCUCAAUGUUAAGUUUGUAUAAGAUACUGACUCAUAACCUGACUACUACUUCUUGUGGCUAGCUUUCCUUCCUCAAUGCGUUUUCUGUCAGACAACUCGAGAUGUGAAUCAAGGAUUUCUCCAUGCACCGUCACUUUUGAAUUUUGGAGAAAAGCUAUUUAUUUCAAAACACUUGAAAUGACUUGUUUAAAUUUUGCUUGGUAAUUUCUCCUUGUUCAUAUAAAGACAAGAUGAAGGUGAGUGGGAAAUUUAAUGUUUUUGGAAAGUAUAAAAAGAGUAUUUUGUUUACAAAUCAGUUACAUUUUGAAGACAUGAAAUGGAUCGCUUCUUCGAAGAAGACAUAUCCUUUGGUAACAUUGAACUGUUUUAAUAGAACACUAUCAGCGCCUCCUAAGGGUGCGUCUACAUGUAGCAAAAUACUUUGUUAAGACGGAACAUUAAGUGAAUUUCCGCUGGAAAAUUUGGCCAUGUUAUCAUAUACUCAUUCAUUUUACUUCUUUGAUCAUUGAAACUGUAGUAAAACUUGUAUUUAAUUGACAUGUAGCGACAUAAGUAUACUGUUAUCAUUCGUUGUGGCGGGGCUGUAAUUCAUAACUUCUGCUUAUGUUUUCUUUGUUGUAAUAAAUACUGUUAUCAUUCCAAUAGUCAAUAAA